GUAGUACUCUGCAUAAGAAAGCAGCUCCACCCUCCAGUUGUCUGUGGACAAGCAAGCAGCAGAAAAGCACCAAUCAGCAGGAAAAAGUAACAACAAUAACAAUAAUCCCGUGCUGCCUCGGAGUAAGGCUGUGGAACCGUGAGCCGGAGCGCCUCACGCUCGUCAUGCUGUCCCCGGGGCUGCUGUCCCUGCUGGCCGCGGCCGCAGCGCUGUGGCCGCCGCCGGCGGUCCGGGCCGCCUCCUGCGAGCCGGUGCGGAUCCCGCUGUGCCGCUCCAUGCCCUGGAACAUGACCAAGAUGCCCAACCACCUCCACCACAGCACGCAGGACAACGCCGUGCUGGCCAUCGAGCAGUUCGAGGGGCUGCUGGGCACUGGCUGCAGUCCAGAUUUACUCUUCUUCCUGUGUGCCAUGUACGCUCCCAUCUGUACCAUCGACUUCCAGCACGAGCCCAUCAAGCCCUGCAAGGCGGUGUGCGAGCGGGCCAAGGCCGGGUGUGAGCCGGUGAUGAAGCGCUACAACCACAGCUGGCCCGACAGCCUGGCCUGCAACGAGCUGCCGCUGUACGACCGGGGCGUCUGCAUCUCCCCGGAGGCCAUCGUCAAGGCAGAGGGGCCGGAUCAUUACAACCAGGACCCAAGCAGAUGUAACCCAGAAGCCAGUCCUGACUUUCCUAUGGACUCCAAUAACUUUCACUGCCGGGGGCCAAAUGGAGAUCGCUGCAAAUGCAAGACUGUCAAAAUGGCUCAGAAGACCUACAUAAGGAACAACUACAACUACGUGAUCCGGGCGAGGGUGAGAGAGGUGAGGAAUCGCGGCCUGGAGCCCACGGCAGUGGUGGACGUGAAGGAGGUCCUCAAAUCCUCCCUGGUCAACAUUCCCAAGGAGAUGCAGAUGCUCUACUACUCGUCCUCCUGUCUGUGUCCCCCUCUCACCCCGGGGGAGGAGUACCUCAUCAUGGGCUACGAGAACAAGGAGACCUCCAGGUUGCUCCUGAUUGAAACCUCCAUUGCUCAAAAGUGGAAGGAUAAAAUGGGCAGAAAGGUCAAGAAGUGGGAUCAGAUCCUGCAGGGAAGAAGCCAAGGAUCUUCACGCCGGCAUCGCCACUGAGUUCUGAGUGUGUGUGUGAGUGAGUGAGUGUAUAUGUGUGUGUGUGAGUGAGUGAAAGAGAGAGAGAGAGAGACAAUGAGAGUGUGUGAGUGUGUGUGUGUAGAUAUUGCACUAUCACAGGCUGUUGUAGCUGAAUGUAGUUCAUCUCUUCAUCUAUCAGGCUGUUUGAAGUUAAGAUUUUUACCAUUUAUUUUCUUUGCACAAACAUUAUUUAGUGUUUUAUUUUUUGGUCAGUGUGAGAGUGUAUUGUGUAUAAAGCACUCAAUUAAGACGAGAGAGGGAGUAGAACUGUAAAGCCAAACACAAAAUGUGCUACUUUUUGUUCAGUUUUUUUUGUUUUUGUUUGUUUAAACGCAUUUCUUUUGGGCUGUAGCCUGCUGGCUGCACCGCACCGCUCUGUGAUGCCCGUCUUUUAUAACCCCGGAUGUUGCUCAUGUUACCGUGCAGAUGGAAUAGAGGACAUUUAAAGCCAUGAGGACUUUGACGUGACGGAUGUGCGACACACAACUCGGACUUCACUGAACUCCAGAGAUAUUGCGAGAAGAGCAAAGACGCGGCAGGAAAGGAAAGGUGUCACCAGAUCUGGCCGUGCACCGAUGGACUAUGUGGAUGUCGGGGUCACGGCUGCUCUUCCUUUUUUUUUUUUCUUAAAUUUAUGCAACAGUUGAUCACAGAAUGACUAUUAAGGGGAAAAAAGGACGGGAUGGAUAAAAGGAUGCAAACAAGGGAAAUUGGAAGACAGUGAAUGGAAUGGGCUCAAAAAGACGACAUAACCACAGAAAGAUUCAAAUAUACAAAUGAUUUUAAGCCAAAGAGAUGCAGUCUUUGUUUUGGUCUGGUACGGUUACUGCAGGUUUUACCAGCUGACUGCUACUUGUUUUACUUCCUGGUACUACCUUAAUCGAGGUUCCAAGUGAGAUGAAAUGAUGCUUAACGGUAAAUUCAAUGAGUGAGAGUAGGAGGUGCACCAGGACUUAAUAAAUCCUUAAUAAAUGCCAAAAAAUAUUGAAAGCAGACGGCAGUUUGCUGUAGGAAAACCAAGCUCUUCUGUUUUUUGUUUUGUUUUAUUAAAAGCUGCUAUCUUCAGUUUCUGAGACAAGGUUAGCCUCAUCUCUGUGAUGAACAACCGCAUGCGAUUCCUUCUUUUUUCUUUUUUUGCAUCAAGGCAACAUUGUCAUAAUCAGUAAAAUAACCCUCACCGCCAAAGAUGUGGUACUACCUGCAGUGAAGAGGAUACAAGACCGCAGCAGACCCUGUGAAGGACCCGACCACGACUCCUCGCUUGAUUUUUGACCUGAGUAAACUUUCUCCACACAAGUUCACAGACUUGCAUGCUUUUAAAAGUGAAAUAAAAUGAAGCAGAGUUGGAUUUGUGAGCGUUUUCUUCCUGACGGGCUGCUACUCUGCGGACGGGUUUCUCCACUUCUCGGUCGGAUUCACCAUCGAUGCAUUCAAACAGCCACGUCCAUCUUUUUCUUUUUAAUUCACUUUGAACUCUAUAUUCUGUGUAUAAUGUUUGUUACUUUGGGGUGUUUUUAUACAUUAUUGUUUCCUGUUUUAUAAAUUGUGAAAUUGACUAUGCAGAAAUGGAAGUGAUUAUCAACAAUUUUACACUUUUUUUUUAAAUUUUAGGAAUAAUCUAAAUGUCACAUUUAGUAGUUCACUGCAUAAACUUGCAGAGAGAGAAUGAAGUGAGUUUUGCACAGCUUUAAUGCAGGAAACCUACCGUUGCUCUCCCCACCGUCUGCAGACUUCAGUCAUGGUUGCUGUGCAGGGUUUUUGUUUAGUUUUUUUGUUUUCAGGGGACGCGUCGGCUCCUCAGACAGGAUUCACGUCGUCUCGGUUCUCAUCCACUUCAGAUGUGGAUGAAGAUUUGGAGGAAUGUUAAACUUCUCAAGCCGCUGACUGAUCAGACUGUGACCAGAGAUUUGAAUUACAAUCACCAAAAAACUCAAAAAGCCAUCGUUGAGCUGUCGCACAUCACAUUCCGUGUGAAUCCUGCAUCUGUGAAACCUGUUUGAGGUGCAUUUCCUGCUGAAACAGGAUGUUACGAAGGCGGCUGUGCAGGGGUUCAAGUGUAAAUGUACUAUUUCAACACAGUUAUGAAUAUGUAUUCAUUGCAUCCAUGAAACCUGAACAGCAGAUGAAUUUUCCCACAUGGAACGUCACGGUGAGAACAACUUUUUGAGCAUUAAACCGAAGGCAAACGUAA